AUGAACUCCGAUGAAAUUUCAUUCCUGAAACAACAUGGAAUCAUAUAUCUUCAUACAAUUGGUACUAAAACAGAUACAACCGUAUUUCUAGUCUCAUCGAAACAGUAUCAAUCCAAUUUUGCUUUAACAAAAAUUCCAAAAUCACGAUUUGAUCAACAAAUGAUUGAUUUACUUAUUUCCAUUGAUGAUCCAAAAAUGGUUCACAUCUUUAAAUACUAUGAGUAUAACAAUUACAUCUAUUUACUCAUGGAAUUUUGCCCAUUCGAUCUUGAACGCCAAGUGAAAGGAAUGGAAAAGAAAGUUGAUAUAACAUUGAACAAGUACGUAACAGAUGUCAUUUAUGCCGUUAAGUCUUUCCAUGACAAGAGUCUUGCUCAUUGUCACAUUAAACCAUCAAAAUUCUUUAUUGACAAAUUUGGAAGGAUUAAAAUUGGAGACUUUCUUGAUUCAAUUAUAUGUGAGGAAGAUAACGAAGAUCUGAAAGUAGAAACAAAAAGAUCAAAAAUGUAUCAGUCUCCUGAAAUGAUUAAGAACAAAAAAUAUAACCCUUUUGCUGCAGAUAUAUGGGCUCUUGGCGUAACCAUUUAUAAUAUUUAUACCAACAAAUAUCCUUUCCAAAUUACCGAUUCGGUUUCUCUUCAGACAAAGAUCGAAACAGGGAAUUUCUCAAAAGAAGAAAUAGCAGAUCAUUAUAUUCUUGAAAUCGUAUCAAAAUGUUUAAUACCUGAUCCUUCCAAAAGAUUUACAAUUGAUCAGAUACUUAAUUUAUCUUUCUUCAAGCCUAAACUUGAAUGUUCUGAUCAAAAGAUACUUCUUCAAGGAUUAAAAUUCCCAAGUAGCAAAUCAGUUCCAGCAAAGCAAAAUUCGCUGACAAAACAUAACUCCAUAUCUCCUACACCAAAUUACGCUUCCCCUGUUUCCAAUUCUCCAAAACGGUUGAUUUUUACUCCGAAAUGUAUUUCUCCAUCAUGCAGAGGGAAACCAGAUGCUAGAUUUAAUAUGGUCACUAGAUCUUCUAUUAGGUUCUUCACACCUCCAUUCAUUAAUUCAUAA